GUUGUCCAAACACUCCCUAAUCAACGCCUCUACCAUCUUCGGAUCGCAACAUCUUCCUCACCUACAGACGACAGUCACUCGAGAGGAGCCAACGACCUGCACCGAUCACCGCUGCGACCCACCCAACGCAGGCGGCACGCCGCAGUCCGUAGAAUACUCGGAGUUUCGCCACACGACUUCAGCCAGCCAGAUCUCAAUUCCACGUCUAUCAUGCCUAUGGAUCAGGCUGAGCUCACCACUGAGCAGGUUUUGACUAGGGAUAUUCCCUGGGAGACUUACAUGACAACAAAGAUGAUCACAGGGACUGGUCUUCAGCUGUUAAGGCGUUAUGAUAAGAAGACUGAAAGUUACAAAUCCCAGCUUCUUGAUGAUGAUGGCUCAGCUUAUGUCCGAGUGUUUGUUAGCAUCCUGAGUGACAUUCACAAAGAAGAAACAUUGGAAUAUGUUUUAGCUUUAAUUGAUGAAAUGCUUACUGUUAACCCAAAAAGAGCCAGAUUAUUCCAUGACAAGUCUCUUGCAGACGAGGACACUUACAAACCUUUCCUAAGACUGAUUUUGGAACGUAACUGGUUUAUACAAGAGAAGAGUUGCAAGAUACUUUCAUUGGUAGUAAGUGCCAGGCCAAAAGUUGAGGAAGAUGGUGUUGGUAAUGGGGAUGCCACAAAUUCAAAAAAGAAACUGACUAGCACUGAUGAUGUUUUAAAGGGCCUUGUUGAGUGGCUCUGUGUACAGCUGAGAAGACCAACUCAUCCUAGUCAUGGCAUUCCGACUGCAAUCAAUAGCCUUGCAACUCUGUUGAAAGAGCCUUUGGUGCGAUCACUAUUUGUUCAAGCUGAUGGAGUGAAGCUUCUUGUUCCUUUAAUUUCUCCAGCUUCUACCCAGCAGUCUAUCCAGCUCCUCUAUGAAACAUGUCUAUGCCUUUGGCUUUUGUCAUACUAUGAACCUGCAAUAGAAUACUUGGCUACUUCGAGGGCCCUUCCACGGUUAAUAGAAGUUGUUAAAAGUUCUACCAAGGAAAAGGUUGUCAGAGUUGUUGUCUUGACUCUGAGGAAUUUGCUUUACAAGGGGGCGUUUGGUGCACUUAUGGUGGACCUGGGAGUACUUCAUGUUGUUCAGAGCUUGAAAGCACAAGCUUGGAGUGACGAGGAUCUUUUGGAGGUUCUUAACCAGCUAGAAGAAGGGCUGAAGGAUAAGAUUAAAAAAUUGAGUUCAUUUGACAAGUACAAGCAGGAGGUCCUUCUUGGUCAUCUAGAUUGGUCUCCUAUGCAUAAAGAUCCGUCAUUCUGGAGGGAUAACAUAACAAAUUUUGAAGAGAAUGAUUUCCAGAUCCUGAGGGUCCUUAUCACGAUAUUGGACACGUCGGGUGAUCCAAGAACACUUGCAGUUGCUUGUUAUGAUUUGUCACAAUUCAUUCAGUGCCAUCCUGCUGGGAGGGUAAUCGUGACUGACCUCAAAGCCAAGGAACGUGCAAUGAAGCUUUUGAACCACGAGAAUGCAGAGGUCACCAAAAAUGCUUUGCUAUGCAUCCAACGGCUCUUCUUAGGUGCAAAGUAUGCCAGCUUUUUACAGACAUAAUCAUAUUUAUUUAAUUUAUCUCCCACCCUCGUUCUUCCUGAAUAAACUUCACCAAUAAUACUCAUUCUGCAUUCUGAACGUGAAGAUGUGAGAUGGGUUUUUAUUAAUAUUCUGCAUUCUAUUGAAUAAGGUAACUUGUGAGGGUCAUGUUGGCAGGAAUUAUUUGCUUCAGCACCUACAGACUCUCAAAUAGGGGAUCUCUUGUAAUGUAUAUUAUGUAUUAGUUGUACCAGAAUCGAUGGGGUUGACGUUUAAAUAAUUAAAUCUUCGCAAUUCCCAUUUUUAAUUUAUUUGCUGAUAAUGCAUUAUUACUCCCGAAACUGUUAGAAGACCGC